UUACAACCUUUUAUUUCUGGUCCCCUGAAAAACACAAAAUGGGGGUUCUUCUGUAUUCUAUGUAAAUGACUUUUCCAACAGAUCACUCAGUGCUACUAAACAUAAGUUCCUUCUCUAUGGCAUUACAAAGACAUAAGGUGAUAAUAACAAAUAAUGUCAUGUGCGUAAUAAAAAGGUGUGUGCUAUGACAAGGAAAGGGUUAACCAUUGUUAGGGCUACGCUUAUGGGGAAAUAACAAGGAAUCAGUUACAAAGAAAAUCAUUUAUCCCCGACAAUGAACUGUCCUCGGUUGUAAGGUGAAGUGAAAGGCACUGGGCUAAAGGAGAAGGCGGCUGAUGUGUCAGUGCUGGGUACGAGGCACAUGGGAGCCUUCCUCUUUAUCUGUUGUUCCGAGGCUGCGAUUGCAGGGCAGCGUGAUGGUAAAUACAAGCCCAUGCAGUGAUGUCACAAGAAGCUGUGUGUUGAGUUUUACACUCCGGCCCAGUGCGCAUGCGCCGUGCUCCCGCGGCAGCUGCAGGGGCAGCUCUGUCACCUUACACAUCGGAGCAGUGAGAGACAUGGCAAGAGAUGGCGAGGGGAACAAGCAGGCUCCAAUCGUUGCUGCUGCUGCUGUUGCUGCUCUGACAAAGGGGACCGGGCCUUCUAUUAGCUGCAUUUAAACAAUAGCGUCGGUCAAAUCGGUAGAAUAAGAUCGGGGAGUUCCGGCGGGAUCCAAUGCCCACAACAACUGCCGCCGGGACUUUUGCCCAGCAGCUCGCCAGAUAGAUGUGCGCUUCACUCGCCUGCACGUUCCACCAUGAACGCUCAGCUGACUAUGGACGUGAUUGGCGAUCUGCACGGGGUGAGCCAUGAGUCCAUGCCAAGCACAGCGGAUAUGAUGGGCAGCAGCCCUCAUCACAGGGGCUCGGUCACCCACCGGAGCAACCAUCUGUCCGCCCACCAUAGGUCCAUGGGCAUGGCUUCCAUUCUCGAUGGAGGGGACUAUCACCACCACCACCACCACCACCGACCCCCAGACCACGCGUUAACGGGGCCCCUGCACCCCACUAUGACCAUGGCUUGCGAUACCCCUCCCGGCAUGAGCAUGAGCAGCACCUACACCACUCUCACCCCUCUGCAGCCUCUACCCCCAAUCUCCACCGUGUCGGACAAAUUCCCCCAUCACCACCAUCACCAUCACCCCCACCAGCGGAUAGCGGCCAAUGUCAGUGGCAGCUUCACCCUAAUGAGGGACGAGAGGGGACUGGCGACUAUGAACAAUCUGUACAGCCCGUACCACAAGGAGGUGACCGGCAUGGGCCAGAGUCUGUCUCCGCUCUCGGGAUCCGGCCUGGGAAGCAUCCACAGUGCCCAGCAAGGCUUGCCCCACUAUGCCCACCCCAGUGCCGCCAUGCCCACCGACAAAAUGCUCACCCCCAAUGGCUUUGAAGCCCACCAUCCCGCCAUGCUGCCGAGGCACGGGGAGCAACAUCUCACCCCUCAAUCCGCCGGCAUGGUGCCUAUUAACGGCAUUGCCCACCACCCUCAUGCCCAUCUAAAUGCCCAAAGCCACGGACAGAUUCUGGCCUCCACCAGGGAUCAAAAUCCUCCUUCUGUGACUGGAUCACAAAUGAACAAUGGAAGUAAUUCAGGGCAAAUGGAAGAAAUCAAUACCAAAGAAGUUGCUCAGAGAAUCACAACGGAGCUAAAGCGUUACAGUAUCCCCCAGGCGAUCUUUGCCCAGCGGGUUCUGUGCCGAUCUCAAGGGACCCUGUCCGACCUGCUGAGGAACCCCAAGCCUUGGAGCAAACUCAAGUCCGGCCGGGAAACCUUCCGAAGGAUGUGGAAGUGGCUGCAGGAGCCUGAGUUCCAGAGAAUGUCAGCUCUUAGGCUUGCAGCUUUGGUACCAGCCGAUCCGGUAUUUCAGCACUCUGGACAGUUGCCUGCAGACUCCCUGGUUAAAAUCGGCUAUCCAUCACAAAGCACCCAGUCUAAUCACAUGUCAUGUAAACGAAAAGAACAAGAACAUGGAAAAGACAGAGGGAAUACACCAAAAAAGCCAAGGUUGGUCUUCACAGAUGUCCAACGCAGAACUCUCCAUGCAAUAUUUAAAGAAAAUAAGCGUCCAUCCAAAGAGUUACAAAUCACCAUUUCCCAGCAGCUAGGCCUGGAGCUCAGCACAGUCAGUAAUUUUUUCAUGAAUGCUCGCAGGAGGAGUCUUGAUAAGUGGCAGGAUGAGGGAAACUCUGGGUCUGGCAACACAUCAUCUUCAUCAAGCACUUGUACCAAAGCAUGAAGGGAAACACACAAACCCCAGAAACUUAAACCUCGGUGGAAAAGCUUUAAUACAAAGACCAGGACCUCAGCGUAUUAGGUUUAUACUUUAUAACUAUUUGAAACCAAAAUAAUUUAUAAGUCCAAAGAAACCAAAGACUCAUUUCUCCUAGUGACUUUUGUUCCUAAGACAUUUUUUCAGGAGAACGCAAAAAAAAAAAAUGGAGUCAAAAUACCAAAACCAAUCCCACUGACCUUACACCUUCACCUGUCAUCAUCAUUAUUCCCACAGUAUUUUGUCGUCUGGUGGUUUGGAACAUCGUGAUCUCUUGUCAUUGAAUGGACAUUUUAUGGGGUCUUCAUUCUCGUAACACAUUUCCAUGAAGGUGUAGGGCAGAUCAGAAUCUAAAGUAUACAAACCCAUGGUAAGGAACAUGGUCAAAACAUGUCUACAGAAUGGGAUGUGGCUUGACCAGCAAGUCGUCUGAGUUUAUUGUAAACGACUCUCACUGUUUGAACCAAGUAGUUCCACCGUAUGGCGGUAAAGUUCAAGCUGUUGAACAGCACCUAAACAUGUGCAUUCUCUCUGUUUGUUAAGGGUUGAUUACAUACAAAAAGCUAAGCCUUUUCUACCAUAGAAGAAUACCAAAGAAAAAAAAAAUGUAGUUUAUCCUAUUGAUUCUAACAUUUCCGCAAUGUUUUUACACUAAGCAUGAUUCACCAAAUAUCGGUAUAGAUAAUUUUAAUUUCUUACAAUUAAAAUACAAAUACAUGUGCAAAAGGCUUAUUUGUACUAAAAAUAUUAUUAUUUUAAACAGAGCACAAAAUUCUAGAUUAUGUGGUAUUAUACCACACUUAUCAUUUUCCACUUUUUUAAAGCAGUUUUCCCUUCAUGCAUGAAUCCUAGUAGUUUCACCAAACAAUGGCCUACAAUUAAUUUUGUAUAGUAUAUGCAUAUUUUUAAAGAUCAUCCCCAUAGAACAGGUUCAUUUUAACAUAAACUAGGAAGAGGCAAAAGACAUAAGAGCAGCACUCCAAAAUCUGAAUUAGUGAUUUAUUAGUGCCGCAGCUUAGGCCAAUAAAUCACUAACUGUCUGCAUAUUGCAGGUUACACCUUUAUUAUUCAUUUUUUGACUUACUUGCCAUUUCCCUUGAGUAAAAGUAGUGUUUGAUUGUUCAGAUUCAGGGAGGAAAAUCCUUUAAAUGCAUUUUAAACCAAUGCUGAAGCAGCAUUGAAAUAACAGAGGAAUCUGUACCCCUCCCCAUCUUAUUAUUUUAGAGCCCUGGUUUUGUUUUAAACUGGAAUAGAGGCCAAAACAUAGCAGCCUCUAUGUGAAAAUUAAUUAUUAUCAACAGAUAUAGGUGACUUUUUCUGCAAAGUCCCUACGGCCAUAUAUUAAGUUAUAGAUUUUUUUUUUAACAUACAACCCAUUAUUUAUAUGUUUUAAUGCAUAAGGAUUAAUUUCUUAACAAUCUAUACAAUUUACAAAAUUAUACAACCGGGGCUCAUUUAUCAACACUGGGCAAAUUUGCCUAUGGGCAGUUACCUAUAGCAACCAAUCAGUUAUUAGCUUUUCAAAGCCAGCUGCAAGUAGAACAAUGAAUGCAGCAAUCUGAUUGGUUACCAUGGUUUACUACCCAUGUGCAAAUUUGCCCAGUUUUGAUAAAUGACCCCUGGUGUCUCUUCCAAACCAAAACUUGAUUUCAUUUUUAAACAAAUUGUAAAUCCAUUUAAUUUGCUGCACAGUUUCUUAUUCUGUAAUUAAGACAGUUCACCAUGGCAUGUGGUAUUUUCCAUACUUUGUAUCCAGGACUUGAAAAUCUAAAAGCUUGAGCAUAGUUAAAAAUCAGUUUGGAUAUUAUUUAGUUGGUUUGGAAUGUUUAUACAGGGCACUGAAAUUAGUCAUUAAUACAUACAGUCUUUGCAGGUUUAUUUUAAAAAAAUAUAUAUAUUUGUUUAUUUUUUUUGUAUCACUUAGAUGAACUCCAAUGUAUCCCAAAGAUAAUAUAUAUAUUGCACAAGAGAAAACAUACUAUAUUUAAGCCAAAUAACCAUAUUUCCGGUACUUUUUAUGUUUUCUGUUUUCAUGUUACUUUUUAUAUAAUGUCUGGACUGUUUUGGAAUACAACCACCCAACUAAUUGCUUAUACCAAAGAAACACUAUCCUGAGAGCAAUGACCUUGGAGUACGGAGACGCAUUUUGAGACACUCUUCACUAUAUGAUAAUCAGAUAACAAAUCCAUAAUAUCUGGCAUCUUUGUCACAAGGAGCACACCAACUUUCUUUAAAUAAGCCAUUCAUCAAACAAAGUAGCAUCUACUCAUGGAUAUAGUAAAGUGUUUAGAUCUCAGGGCUUCAGAUUGUAGAGUUUCCAUACAUUAAUGGUGAUUGUUGUAUACUAUAUAAUGAUCAUUUUAUUAAUGAUCAUACAUAGAUCUAAGAUCUGAUUUUUGCUAUAGCUUUUCUAUCUGUUCAUUUGUUCAACAAUGGCUCUUUUCUUGCUGGUACUGCAAGCCCUUGAUAUACCAAAGAAUCCUUUUACAUUUCCUCUCAGUCGAGGUGGGAAGGCAGUCGUACGGUAGAGUCCCUUUUUUCUACACAGAAAUGAAGGGAGGAAAAAAAGAAAAGAAAACUAUGCAUUUAACAAACAAAGAGAAUGCACUAAGGGCGUUUUUUGUCUGACUGAUGUUUAUGGUGCGUUCAAAUCCUGUAACAGAAGCCAGUGUGAAUUCUUUGUGCUGGUCUUCUGCUUUAUUGUGGUGUGGUUAGCUUUACAAUACAUUUGGUAACUAUUUCCUAAGACUAUGACAAAGAAGCAAAGAGAUAGCUGCUUCCACAUGUAAAAAAAUGUAAAGAUCUACUAUUUAUAGUGUGAACCAAAGACGCUACCUCACUCGAUUUCCAUUUCGUGAUUUUAAUCACAUUGAUGAUACCAAAGAAUACCAAAGAUUUUUCUUGCACGGCCUUCGUCUGCCAAAGGCACUCUGCGACCUUCCCCUGACUCCUGACCCACAACCCCUGACCUUCAUGAUAUAUAUAUAUAUAGAUAUAUAUAACACGUUUCUUUUUUCCAGAUAUAUUACAAUUAACCCCUUCAGGGUCAGAGGUGCUUAAAACACCCCUGGGACUGACGGAGUCAAUAGCAAAGAGACCAGAUGGCUUCACAUGAUCAAGGUCUGGCCUCAUCAAUUUUCCUUUCUGCUGGUGCCCGAAUAAAACCUAUUAUGCUGGGCAUAGCUGAUGUCCUAUAAUAACCAAAGACUGCAUUUUUUUUUUUUUUUAAAUUAAACUGGGAUGACUUUUAUUUUUACAAGACCUUGAUAAGGUUUUAUAACCCAUUAGUAGAAAUAAUGGCCACAUCUCUAAAGUCUGCAAGAUAAUUAGAGAUUUAAAACCAGGACAUCAGAUUCCAGCAGCCUGCCCAUGGUCAUCUGCUGCCUUCUGGACAACCUAGAAAAGUACGCAACAAACCAUUAAUAAUGUUUGAGAAUAAACAAAGCUUUAGGCAAAUAUGUUGCAAACAUUUGUAAACUCAUAGGACGAGUGCCUUGCUUGAACCAAAGUGUUAAACCGCCGUUGACCUCUUCUAUCUCACCUUAUACUCUUUGAAUACCUCAGCCUUUUAGAAAGGCCGCUGAUUAAAUAAUAAUACUAAUAAUGGAAUAAUUCUUCACCGUGGUGCUUUUGCAUUGCAACCAUGCAAAUAACCUUUCUUUGAUACCAAAGGCAUUUCUUUUUCACUCUAGCUGAUGAACCAAAGUCUUAGUGUGCCCCAACUUUUGGCAGCAUCUGUUCUCUCCACCUGACCAUUUCCGCUCUGAGUACCUGUUGCCUGGAUGUAGGCCGUGCAGUUUCUCUUACCAAUUUCUCCAAAUACCUCAUAGUAUAAGAAAUCUUUAGGAUUACAUUGUAUAGAAAGUCUAUGUGAUAACACAAAACAUACUAGUUUGAUAAAUGUUAACCUUCAUACAAAAGUUAUAUCAUUAUUUAUUUUGUAGGCUUUUGUUCUGUUGGUAUUAACUGAGUUGCUCUUAAAGAAAUAUUUUUUUUUCCUGCAAGAUAGGAAAGGGGUUGGGUCAGGACAGGUUGAAAAAGUAAACGCAAUGACGUUAAAACAGCUUCGCUUUUUUUUGAAGACAACGACACUUUGUGUUUGAUACUCAACAUUCUUUUCACAGGGUAAAACAACGAAAGAAAAGCAUUUCCAGAUGUAACAUUUAGUUCUUGUUUUUGUUCUUUGUAAAUGUUCCUUGAGCUCUUUAUUUCUAUUAUUUUCGCUGUUUUAUUUAAUCUCUGCUUAAUUUAUGACUGCAGUUGAAAAUGCCUGUAAAUAGUCGAUUUUGAAAACAACCAAAGUUAUCAUGUUACAAUCUUUUUUCCUUAUUGUUUCAUUUGCUAAGAUGUACUGAAGGGGAGUUGCAUUUCUCUUGAUCGUGCAGGGUGUAUAAAGAUUAAUCUUAGCAGACACCUUGAUGUGUGUUUAAAAACACUGCCAGAUCCCUGUACCUUGUAUUUGCCAAAUGUAUGGAUCAAGGUAUUGUAAUCAAACCAAAAAAAAAAAAAAAGUCAUUUGUAUUUAUGUAUAGUUUCUGUUUUUUUGUGUUUUGCUAAUUUAUUUCAGAGGGGUUACUUUGUGGGUUUAACCUGCAAUUCCAAAGAACUUUCCAAGCAUUGUUUAAUGUUAAUCAAGCACUGGCAUUGUCGAAAGGCAUUUCUUUUUUCAAACUGAUUCAUUUGUGUAAAUAUUUGUGUAUAAUUUUUGCCAUAAGCACGGGUAUAGAAAGAUUGUCACGCGUUGGAGACAAACUGACUUGUAUUUGGAAAAUCUCUCUACUUUAUAAAUAAAUGGUCGUUGUAAAUUGAAUUUGUGUUUUACCGAGGUGGAUGGACACACAAUGUCACUGGACCAUUGUAUUUGGUUACCUGGUAUACAAUAAAAGCCAACAAGGGCAGCUGGGCUGCUACCUGUUGCAAACAUUGUAUACUUUGGCGACAAACAUAAAAUACAAUUCAUAUUCUUGAAAUAACUGGGAAAGGAUUUUGCACACAAGCACAUUUGUACCUGCUUCUUGGGUGCAAUUUGUUUAAAUGCCAUCUGACACAGAUUAACGCAAGGAAUACAUUGAUGUAAUGUUAAAAAUGGAUCUGUGUUUAGCAUUAUCAUUCUUGUGUCAAAUAGAGCAAUCAGAGAUCCCUAUGUAUUCCUGUCAACUGUCAGAUGGCAAUUAAACUCGUUGCAACGUGGAAUUAGGUCCUAUGUUUUAUUUGACACCUUUUAACAGCUAUGGAGUAAAUGUCUGAACAUGUUUUUCAUUUUUGCUAUGAUUACUGUAAAAUUGCAAUGUUGAAAAAAAAUGUCACAGCUUCUUCUCUCAUGAUGCACUGAUUUCCUGUGCUGGAAUGUCCCGUGUUUAUUUAUGUUUUGAUACCCAUAAGGCAUACGCAUUCCCUCCAUUCUUUUGCAGUGACAAUUACUUGAUGAUAAUGUCAAGCAAUGAUAUAAACGGCAUGAGUGGAUCUCAAUAUUUAACCUAUCAUUAGCAAUCCAAUGCUAUAUACGGUUUAGGUCUGUUCUAUGAGGAUUGGAUCCCACAGUUAUGGAAUAGAUUUCAUUUCUGAUCAUUGAUAUGGCAGCAAUUUAACUACUUACCUUGAGUAUAUUGCCCAGAUCUAUCAGUAUAAGAAAGUGACAUGAAUGAUUCUUUCUAAAUUAACUAGACGGGCUGAUACGAUCAUUACAGAAAACUUACCCUGCAUACAUUUCAUAAAUAAAACUAGGGCAAUUAUAUUUUAGUAGCCUACUGUUUGGUUACAUUAUAUUUUCUUAUAUAUUUCCCAGAAUGAUGUUCCUUGUAUGGCUUUAAUUCAGAAGAAAUGGAAUUACCCAAAGAUUUUCUAUUAUGUUCAAUGUGCAUCUAUUUCUUUUUAUUUCAGCAGUCCUGUGGAAAUGAUCUAAUGCAAUGUAUUGCUGUGACAUAUUUAAGUAAAACCAGUACUACCAAAACAAAUUAAUAGUUUGUGCCCACUCGCCCUCCAAAAAGGAAACACUGACUACAAGCUAAAACAGACUUUAGACAAUUUAGAUAUGAAACCAACACUCCAUCUUGUUUAUAUUCCACUAUCUAUGUAUCUAAUUAGACCCAGAACAAAACAAUGCUCUAUAACACUUGUAGCAUCCCAAAGUAUCCCCAUUUAAAUAUCAGUGUUCAUCAAAAAUAUUUGCCAGCCCAAGAAACUGAUAACUGUAUUCCACUCAUGAAUAUGCUGCAUUAUCAUCACACUCAUUAUUAAUUAUAGUAAUACACAACUUGACACAAGUUUUCAAUACAGAUAGAUACAGAUGUUUACAAAAGUCUGUCGGUGACAUGGAUGAGCAAUCAUUAGUCACCUGAUAUAACUGUUGGGGUAAUAAACCUGUUUUAAAAUUAGAAAUAAAUUCUUCAGUCAUAGUCCAAUACAGCAACAAAGAGAAAUCAAUUGCAUAUUUAUAACUGUUUGUACCAUGCCAUGUAUUUUUAUUAUCCAACAUUACAACAUUUUGACGAGCAUUGGUUGGGUCCAUUGCAUGUUUAAAUGAAGGAAGAAAUUCAAUAAAUAAAUAUUAUCCAAGGUACCACAGGUCUGAUCAGCAAAUCAUCAUCCAGAUUCCUAAUAGACCCCCUGAAAUUUCGAAUUUUAACAUAAUCUUAUAUGAUUAAACACUGUUGUGAUGUUUGACUGAGUGAGAAACCCAACAAUAGGUCACCACAUUUUGAUAUUUCUAUUAAAAACAAAAUCCAACAAAACAUUUGUAUCUUCAAAACAAUCUGACCAUUACUACCAGUUCAUUUCAAUAUUAUACAUCAGAGCCAAGGUCUGAUUCCUUAAACAGUCCAUAGAGCAUAAUGGCAACUCUCUUCCAUGUAAGACACAUCACAUCUAGUGGUUUGUUGUUGUUUUUUUCUGGUAAAAAGUCACAAGAACAAAACGCUGGUAUUUAGCUAAGAUUAUGCCCCGUCAUAGCUGAUGAGAAUUCCCACUAUCACACAACAAAGUGAGAUAUCCCUCAAAAAUGGAAAGGCAGGUUUUGGGGCAACAGCCCCGACUGUGUGCUUUGCCCAUGGUGAUCUCCUGUGUUGCCCCAAAUGUUAGUCACAAAGCUAAACUUGUAACUUAAGCCAAGCAGUCGAAUGUCUACUGUUCAUAGAAACAUAAUUAUCCUGCAUUUGUAAUACUUUAUUUCCACAUCUGAGUUAGCUUUGAUUGACAAAAGGUCGUUGAAGACAAUCAUGCUGAGAAGGAGCAGAGAUUCCAAACCUGACUCUCCAGCUUUUAAAGGCAAACCAGCUCCCAUCACCAUGAGCUAUCAACUGGGUGGCUGAGGAUGAUGAGGGUCUAGUUCUUCAAUUGUUAAAUAUAGUUGUUAAAGCCUGAAUAUGCUUGGU